AUGAUCAGUUCCCGCUACGGCCAGGUGGGUGCCAUGCUCACCGUGUCGCACGAGGUGGUGAACCGUGUCGCGAUGACGCGAGAGGAGGACACUCAGGCCGCAUACCACGUGGCAAAACGUAAUUACCAACUGACGCUAAAUCGCAUUUCCUCUUGUCUGCCACCAGCGCCAGCGACAAUAAAAUCUCUGGCGCAGACGUUAGACAAGAACGAUUUGAGCAGUUAUUGCAGCAGCACUUCCCCGAGCUUGAGUGCCACGCGGAGGGAAAAAGAGGGCAGGGACGAUGAACUGGACUGCACAGAAAUCGAUGAGUUACUCUACGCCCGUGCACUCAAACGCCAAGAGGAAGACGCGAAGGGCGGGCCCUUGUGGAAACGCGAUAAUCAGCAGCCGCUGGAUACUUUUUUGCGCCGUGAGGCUCUUGCCCGAUCCGAUAUUGAGGAAGUUGAGUACGAUUUCUACCGCCGCAUCACAGGAGCGUUGAGGUCCCACCCAUCCAUCUGGACAGUUGAAAUUACGGAUGCUGAGCGCCGUGCCCGGAAGGAAAUUGAGGAUGCAUGGAUGAGUGCGUCGCUCCCAUUUCUUGAGAACUGCUCUAUAAAGCAGGUGGAGUUCAUCGAGGAGUUGUGGCGCCGCGCCUUUGGCAAAAACCGGCCACCACGGAGGGCGCAACUUGCCAAGGAGGAGGAGGAGGAGGCUCUCGCGUUGGAUGUAAGGCUUUGCCACCCGCUGCUGCAGCGCUGCGAGACGAUACGGCGUGAAACGGAGAGCGAGGAGGAAAUUGCUUAUCUUUACUUGCGGCUGGGCGAGGCGGCACAGCGGGAUCUCGUGGCGCGUGGAGUCAUGCGGUGCAACCCGGGGACGGGGCUCCUGGACUCUGUGUCCCACCCCAUCUCGGCACUCCACUACGACGAGGUCGACUUUGCCUUCGGGGCCGAGUUCCGUUAUCUUCAGUCGCUCGAAGAGACGCAGCGGAUGGAAAUUAUCGAUGCGUCACUCGCGGCAAUGGAUGAAUUAUGUACAGCAAUGAUGGCAACGUGA